AUGGUCACCGCUAACCGCUUUUGGUCUCAAAUCUUUGGGGUUGCUUUUUCCAAUAAACGUUGGUUACAUUUCUUUAUGUUAUUUGUACCAAUAACCGGUUUAUGGAUGAGCGCUCUUGGAGUGGUCGAUCUGGCUCUGAAUCUACGUGCCUAUGACUUCGUUUCUCAGGAAAUCCGUGCAGCGGAAGAUCCUGAAUUUGAGACUUUCUACACUAAAAAUAUUCUCUUAAACGAAGGUAUUCGUGCUUGGAUGGCGGCUCAAGAUCAGCCUCAUGAAAACCUUAUAUUCCCUGAGGAGGUUCUACCACGUGGAAAUCUUAAGGGAAAGGUUUAUGCCGCCACACUAUGA